CGGUAAACAACAAUUUCCCCGGUUCAUAGCUUACGUUGACUGCCUAUGUUUUUUUAUUUUUUGGUUUAUCCUUUCCAAGUUUUACCCGUUUCUUUUUCAUUGAUUGUUUCUUUUUCUGCUCGCAAGGUUCUUCUGCACCUGCCAUGGCCUGCAACUUCAUUUGCAAAAUGCUCUGUGACUGUGUCCACUGUUGGAGGUAUUGGUCCUGCCAAGGCCUCCCUUCCACUUAUUCGUGUUAAGGCCUGCACCCUAAGUUUAGCCAUACUCCUAUUAUUUCCUCUUGGUUUGUUCACUACCUAAUCACAUGGCCUUGUUAUUGUUCUGCCCGUUGCUAUUCUAUCUUCUGCCUUUGUUUGGGCUCCCCUUGUUUUGUCUUUCUUAGACAUGUGACUCACUUGAUUAGGAAAGCAUCUUUUUUGAGCUCCAUAUAAUUGUGGCCAGUGAGUAUGAGAGAGUUGACUUCCUCCUUUGUGUGAGUGAGGCGUAAAACUAGUGGGCAAUAGCUAUUGAGAGUGUAUCUCCUCCUUUGUGUGAGUAACCAGAGAGAGUUAGAGUAUAGUCCUUCUUCUUCCCUUGUCCUCUGUGUGAGCUUGAGAGGUGAAAAAGAGUGUGGCUAAAUUUGGUGAGUGGUGGAGUGGCUAAACAAUCCUGGGGUGGUGUGUGUGAGUUGUUCUGGUUGGAGACCUGAGCUGAAAUACACACCCAACAGUGGUAUCAGAGCCUGGUUGCCGUCCGCCUCCGUCCGCCGCUGUCCGCCGCCGUCAUUCGAAGUCGCUGUCGUCGAUUCGCCAUCUGUGGAGGUCUCUGGGAGAUCGCCUGGAAGCUAGGUGCUUCUCAAAUCGCUGGAAGUCUGGAGGAUUGGUGCGCUGGAUCUACGCCGCCGCAGGGAAGCUCGCCGUCGCCUGAAAGCUUCGCCGUCGACUGGAGGUCGUGAACUUCGCCGGCUGUCCAUUUCUCUGUCCACUCAUCGCUAGGGAGUCACCGUUCACCCUCGAAGUCGCUGGUGCCCUCCGUAGUUUUUCCGCUCGACGCUCGGUCAUUGAGCUCGUCCGUCGCUGGGUUGCUGGAAGCUUGAAACAGAGGUCUGGCCGCAGGGGUUAACGCAGGUGGCUGGAGGCUGAGUUUCGCUGGAAUCGCCGCCCACCGUCGUCGUUUGGUUCGCGGUCAGGAGCCAUUCAUCGACCGGGGAAGAGAAAGGCCGCACCGUUGCAGAGGCAGGGAUGGUUCGCUGCUCACAGAUGCGAUUUUGACUGCAGUGGACUAGUGGAGUGCUUUGAACGCAGGGACCUUGCUGGAUCUUUUGGGCCGCAGCUCUGUUGGGCCGGACUGGUCUCUGAGGCUGUUUGUUUUGCUGGAACGCCGGCAAUCAACUCAAAAUAGGCUGCUCAAUCCUUGGACUGGUCAACGGAGGCAGGACCUUGAAGCUUAAGGGCUGGACCUAGAGCAGAGGAAAAACUCGGUCAAAGCUGGUCAAAAGGCAGUCAAAGUCAGCCAACAGUCCAAAAAUCCCAAUUUUAAUUGGGUGGGUAAGGUCGAAACGCCUCUCCUAGGGUUUCGCUCCGGUAUAUUGACUUUUAUCCCUUUUUUAUCGCUUUUGUAGUGAUUUAAUCUUUUAUUGUGUAGAAAUUAUAUUUUAGGUUUAUUACUGCUGUUAAAAAUUGUUUGAAUUGUUGUAUUGUGUUGUGCUGAAAAUUUAUUAUUUAUUUGUGCUUAUGCGGAAGAACAAGGGGUUUGAAGUUGAGUUUGGUGCUCAUUAAUACUCCCCACGUGUUCGUGCUAGUUGCUCCGUAUAGUUGUAGCCUUAUAAAUAUUUAAAUUUUUUUCAGCUAAAUUUACAUUUUAUUUUGUUGCUUGUUUUUUCUCUGUGAAAAUGUCUGCUUAUAAUCAGUAUGGUAUGGCUCCAUUUAAUGGAAAAAUCUGAUUUUAGCAUUUGGAAGCAAAAAAUUAAAUGUAUUUUAAUACAACAAAAAUGUUUUAAAGCAGUUGGCGAAACCUAUUUAAUUUCUGACACGGAAGAGAAAAGGGCUGAAAUGAAUGAAAAUGCAUGUUCUGUGAUUUAUUUGAACUUAUCUGACUCUGUGAUUAGAAAAGUUGGAAUUUUAGAGAGUGCUAAAAUUCUGUGGGAUAAAUUGAAUGAACUGUAUACUGAGACCUCUUUGCCUAACCGGAUAUUUUUACUUGAGAAAUUCUUCAAAUUUAGACUAGAUAUGUCUAUAGAUAUUGAAGAAAAUCUAGAUGUUUUUACCAAACUUAUUUCGGAUAUUAAGUUGUGUGGUGAUAAGCAUAUAGAUGAUUAUUCUCCCAUUGCUCUUUUAAAUGCUAUUCCUGAUUCCUUUAGUGAUGUGAAAUCUGCUAUUAAGUAUGGUAGAGAUAAUGUGACUCUUGACAUUGUGGUUAAUGGUCUUAAGAGUAAGGAAUUAGAUUUAAAACAGAUGGGUGAGGGUAGAAAAUCCGAGGAAGUUAUGCAUGUGAGGGGUAGAGAAAAUAAUAGUAGACGACAUAGAUCUAAGUCUAGGUCUAGUUCGAGGCGUUGCUAUUAUUGUCACGAAUCUGGUCAUUUCAUAAGAGACUGUCCGAAAUCUAAGAAAAAUGAGCAUAGUGAGCAUGUUAAUUUGACUACGGGUGUAGAUGAUUUAGGUGAUGUGCUUAUGAUGAAAAAUCUAUGUGAUUAUGACUAUUUGAGUUCUGUGAUAUCUGAUUCUUUGGGUAAAUCAGAUUGGGUGGUAGAUUCUGGUUGUAGUUUUCACAUGUCCCCUUUGAAAAAUGUUUUUUCAAACUAUAGAGAAAUUGAGCAUGGCUUUGUGUCUUUAGCAAAUAAGAAGAAAUGCAAUGUGCUAGGAAUAGGAAAUGUAUGCCUUAGGUUUUCUUCUGGUUAUGUGCUUACUUUGAAGAAUGUUAGGCAUGUUCCUGAGCUAUGCUGUAAUUUGCUAUCUUGUGCUUCUCUUGAAAAUGAGGGUUUGAAGGGAAAAUGGGGAAAGGGAAUCAUGAAAGUUGUGAAGGGUUGUUUAGUUGUUUUCAAAGCUGAGAUGAAAAACAACUUGUAUGUUUGUCAUGCUGAACCCCUACUUGAUUCUGUGAAUUGUGUGCAACCCUGUGUGCUAGGAAAACAGUCUAGAGUUGGUUUUCCUGAUCUGCCUAAGUGUACUAAUGUGCUUGAUUGUAUUCAUGCUGACUUGUGGGGUCCUUAUGGUGUUUCCACUCAUGGUGGGAAAAAUUAUUUUCUGACACUGAUUGAUGAUUUUUCAAAGAAAGUGUGGGUUUUGUUGAUUGAGAAUAAAUCUGAAGUUUUUGAUAAGUUUAAAAACUGGAAAACCCUUGUUGAAAAACAAACCGGUAAGAAAAUUAAUUUUUUAAGGACCACUGUCAGUUUUGAUUUCUGUGAUAGUCAGCUUGGUGAUUUAUGUGAUACUUGGGGUAUUUCUAUGCAUAAAUCUGUUCCCUCCACACCCCAACCGGAUGGGGUUGCUGAGAGGAUGGUUAGAACUUUAUUAGAGAGGGUGAGGGCUAUGUUAGCUUCAUCUGGGCUCUCUAAUAAGUUCUGGGGGGAAGCUAUUUGUUAUGCUGUUGAUUUGAUUAAUCUGUCCCCGUCUGUUCCCUUAGGAGGGAAAUGCCCUGAAUCUGUGUUCAUGGGCAAACCACUUAAUUUGCCAAAUUUGAGAGUGUUCGGUUGUGCUGCUUAUGUGAAUCGUGUGAAUGAUAAAUCUGAACCUAGGACUAAGGAAUAUGUUUUCUUAGGAUAUCAUCACUACAAGAAAAAUGGUUUGUAGAGGCGGGAUAAAGUUGCCUCUAUAUAUAGGGAAGUAGCCUCUAAAUAUUAUUAGAGGCAAUUUUUUGGUUGCCUCUAGGGUGUCUCUAAUUAAUCCGUCCCUAAAUGAUAGUUGCCUCUAAAGGUAUCUUUAGAGGCAACUAGAGAUGUGACUCUAAAUGAUGCACGUUUAGAGGCAACCAUCUAUCUUGUCCCAAAACAUCAUUAGAGACAACCUAUUAUAUUGUCCCAAAAUAUUAUUUGAGGCAACCAUAUUAUAUUGUCCCAAAAUAUAAUUUGAGGCAACUAAAUUAUAUUGUCUCAAAAUAUAAUUAGAAGCAACCUUGAUCUAGUGGCAAUGCAUUCUUUGUUAUUAAUGUUUUAGGGGCAACCACAUCUUGAUGCUAAAACAAUUUGGAUAAUAGUGACUCAAGCAUAAAUUAUUACUGAUAGAAAUCUAAGGGCCUGUUUACUAACAGAAAUAUUUUCCAGUUUUCCAGAAAACUAGAAAACUGGAAAACAGAAAACAGGAAACGUGUUUACCAAAGAUAUUCCUGGAAAACUGGAGAAAGGAAAAAAGAAAAACGCGUUUACCAAAUCGUUUUCCAAAACGGAAAAAAUGAAACAUGUCUCUCUUUUCCUUAAUGAUUUGGAGAAGUGACUUUUACUAGUUUUCCAAAUUUGGAAAACGCAGAUGCUACAGUGCCUUUGCAAUGAAUUUGCAUACUUACACCUAGUGGUGGGUCCGGUCCCACUCCGAUGUCGAUUACAUUCCAGUACCUCCAUCCUCGUACCUUACCCCUUACCCCUACCCUACCCCACCCAACCCCCACCGCGCGUACCCAUUUUUCCCUAUAAUGACCUUACCCCACCCCCCACCACAUGCCCCGACCUCGGCCCCACCCCGAUCCACCCUACCCUACCGCCACCCCCUACCACCUCGACCCCACCUCGAUCCACCCUACCCUACCGCCACCCACCUUACCCUACCUCGGCCCCACCCGCAUCCCGGGCCCACCCUACCGCCAUCCUAUCCCAAUUCCCUACCCUACCCCUACCUUACCCCAACCCUACCCACUACCCC